UAAACAUACUGUAUCUCUACAUCAAUAACUUUUCUGGCUCUGUUCCUAUGGAGAUAGGUAACUUGAAGUCUCUUUCGGAUCUAGACUUGAGCGCAAAUCAAUUGAAUGGUUCUAUUCCUCAUUCCAUUGGUAAUUUGAGCAACUUAAAAGUAUUGCAUCUCUACAGCAACAACUUUUCUGGCUUUGUUCCUAUGGAGAUAGGUAACUUGAAGUCUCUUUCGGAUCUAGACUUGAGCACAAAUCAAUUGAAUGGUUCUAUUCCUCCUUCCAUUGGUAAUUUGAGCAGCUUAAAAAUGUUGUACCUUGCCAACAACAACUUUUCUGGCUUUGUUCCUAUGGAGAUAGGUAAGUUGAGGUCUCUUUUGGAUCUAGCGUUGUACACAAAUAAAUUGACUGGUUUUAUUCCUCAUUCCAUUGGUAAUUUGAGCAACUUAAAAGUGUUGUAUCUCUUCGAUAACAACCUUUUUGGCUUUAUUCCUAUGGAGAUAGGUAACUUAAAGUCUCUUUUAAAUCUAUCGAUUUACAACAAUCAAUUUGGUGGUUUUAUUCCUUCUUCCAUUGGUAAUUUGAUUAAUUUAGAGUAUCUAUACCUUAACAAUAAUAACCUUUCAGGCUUUAUUCCUUCUUCCGUUGGUAAUUUGAGUAAUUUAAAGUAUCUAUACCUUAGCCAUAAUAAUCUUUCGGGCUCUAUCCCUUCUUCCUUUGUUAAUUUGAGCAAGUUAACACAUUUGUAUCUCAACAGUAACCACCUUAGUGGUUCUAUUCCUAUGACACAAGUAACUUAAAGUCUUUCUGAUGUAAGGCUGAUACUUAACGAUUGUAUUCCUCUUUGGGUAAUGCU